UGGCCUUGUGAUGUCAAUCUCUAAUGGUGUCAUUACGUGCUUUGCUGCCGUUGCCUAUGCUCCGAACGCUAAGUUAGUUAUCCAAGAAAUUCAGGUUUAUCCACCAAAGUCCGGUGAAGUGAGGAUAAAGAUAAUAUCUUCUGGUGUUUGCCAUACUGAUGCUUAUACCUUAAGCGGGUUAGAUUCGGAAGGCGUAUUUCCUGUUAUCUUGGGUCAUGAAGGAGCGGGAAUUGUUGAAAGCGUUGGUUCAGAUGUCACAGACAUCGAGGUAGGGGAUCACGUCAUCCCGUUAUAUAUUCCUCAAUGCAAAAGUUGUAAAUUCUGCAAAAGCAACAAAACCAAUCUUUGCUCGAAAAUAAGGGAUACCCAGGGUCGUGGUCUUAUGCCGGAUGGUACAAGUCGUUUCCUCUGUAGGAAUACAACGAUAUAUCAUUUCAUGGGCUGCAGCACCUUCUCGCAAUAUACUGUCGUUGCUUCCAUAUCUGUUGCCAAGAUAGAUAGACGGGCUUCCUUACGUGAUGUAGGUCUCCUCGGCUGUGGAAUAAGUACUGGAUACGGAGCGGCCAUCAAUACAGCUAAUGUUGAACAAUCGAGUACUUGUGCUGUUUGGGGAUUGGGAGCUGUCGGGCUUGCAACGAUAAUGGGCUGUAAGGAGGCUGGAGCUCGUCGCAUUAUUGGAAUCGAUAUAAAUUCCCUUAAAUUUGCGAAAGCGAUUGAAUUUGGGGCUACAGAGUGUGUUAAUCCUAUGGACUACCCUGAUAAAUCUAUUCAGCAGCUCAUAGUCGAGUUGACGGAUGGUGGAUGUGACUACACAUUUGAAUGUGUAGGUGACGUGAAAACGAUGCGUGAAUCUUUAGAGUCUUGCCACAAAGGAUGGGGAGUUUCCGUUAUUGUUGGUGUAGCACCAGCAGGACAUGAAAUAUCCACGCUUCCCUUCCAACUCGUGACAGGACGCACAUGGAAAGGUUGCGCUUUUGGAGGUUUGUUUGAUUUUACUUACUCUCUCUUUCUCGCGCCGUUAAAACAGGCUGUAUUUAAAUUCAUAAUAAGAAACAAAUUUCCACUUGAUUAUUGCGAGUCCGAAUAA